CACGGUUGCUGGGGCAAAAUCCCAAACAAAACGCUAUCGAUAAUAAUGUGGCAUGUUGGCACUAACGACACGGAUUUUUACCACAAACAGCUCCACAAGAAGAUCGAGCUUGUCAAAGGUCAAGCACGGGAAUGCUGAUUUCUACUCCAGUCUGAUUAUUCGAGGCCAGUACCAGGCUACUAUAGCUUGUCGAAUACAACUAGCAGCGACCACCGAACAUGAGCGCCUAGCCUGCUAUUACUCUCAAGUUGUCGGCUUCUCAAGGCAAGAUUGAAGAAUCCACUGUACAGGACAGAUGACACGCUACUGAAUCCGCUUCGAUCUGCAAUAUCAUACCUUGGCUUCACCUCCCUUUCUGCCCCUCUUCAACGCACUACCUGCUAAGGUUCCACCGCGAAAAUCAGUCAUCCGAGACUGACUCAACAAGACAUAACCGGAUGACAAUUGCCUCUUGCAUCUGACGAACUUCAGAGAGGCGUUCACAAUUACCGCGACGCAAUGGCUAAAGAAAGCGACGCGCCGCCGUCGUACCCGAUGACCCCUCGGCGGCCAAACGAGCACACCCAGCGUCCUUUCUCACAGCAACCUGAAUUUGGGAAACCUUCUCCUCUCGGCCCAUAUCAACGUCCAAACCCACCCCAUCAGCAACAGUCGAACCGUCCUUUCAAUAUCCCAAAGCCGAACCGGGCUCGACCUGAACAUCACAGACCUGCACCGCAGUCAAGACCAUACAAUGCUCCUCACCCUAGUGUGAACCAUCAGGGUCACAGACCAACUGGUGGCUCAAGUGGCCCUGUAGCAUCCACACCGAAGCGUAGCGAGCCGUUCGAUCCUUUCAAGCCUGUUCGACCUUCGGCCUAUAACAACCAUCGAAACUCGCGUCCGGUCAACAACGAUGUUGUGGAGAUUCGCCGUCCGGAGAAUGUCACCUUCACCACCCCGCGAGCUCCCAAGACUUUCUAUGCAUCUUCAGCCAUCAAAAUGGACAAAGCAUCCAAAAAUCUGAGCAACUUCGUUGAUCUUACCCGCGAGGGAGGGUUCACACCCAGCAAUAGGCCUCGCAAUACGGGGUUUGGGUCAAUGGACGUCAACGGCUAUGUUGAUCCUGUCAAAGCCAACGAAAACAUCAAAGCUCUGCUUGAAGGGGCUUUUACGGAUGACGAUGACAAGCAAGGAUCAAAGGCAAAGAACCGGAAGAAGAGUAGGAACCGGAAGAAGAAGGUGAAGGCCAAGGAACAACAGAAGCAGGGCACUUCUGAAAUUGACGACCUAGCCGCUCAACUUGAAGGAGUUACCGUCAACGAGUCAAGCGCUGCUACUGAGAAGAGUGAACUGGACGAGCUGAAGGCAGAAGACAACAUUGAUAAAGCAGACAACGGCGAAAUCAAGGACUCCGAGAAGUCAUCUGAAGAUGAAGCUGAAGACGAUGAGCAUGGCUGUGAAGAGGAUGAUGAGGAAGUAGAAGAGGAGGAAGACGAGGAAGAAGAUGAUGGGACAGUCGAAGGCUUGAAAGUUAAGCUACUCCCUCACCAAAGGGAAGGAGUGAAUUGGAUGUGUGACAAAGAGAGAGGGUCAGGCAACGCCAAAGGAGUGCUUCCCAAGGGUGGCAUACUCGCAGACGAUAUGGGUCUGGGAAAGACUGUUCAAACCAUCGCCCUGUUACUCACCAAUCAGAAAUCUUCGGACAAGUUCAAGGCCGGCGCCUCCAAAACGGAUGACAACAGCAGUGACGACCAAGACAAUGAGAAGGUGCGCAAGGUACCUCCUGGGCUAAGCAAGUCGACUCUUGUUGUUGCCCCAUUGGCAUUGAUUAAACAGUGGGAGGCAGAAAUAGCAACCAAGGUUGAGGACUCUCAUAAGCUACGUGUUUGUGUCUACCACGGAAAUACUCGCGCGAAAGCAACGGACAGCCUGGACACCUACGAUGUGGUGAUUACGACAUAUGGCACCUUAACCUCCGAGUAUGGAGCUGUCGAUAGGAACAAGAAGAAAUCGGGACUUUUCUCUGUUUAUUGGUACCGGAUAGUCCUAGACGAAGCGCAUACUAUCAAGAAUCGAAAUGCCAAGGCAACGCAGUCUGCCUGUGCGCUUGAUGCAGAAUAUAGAUGGUGUCUGUCGGGAACUCCAAUGCAGAACAACUUGGACGAGCUUCAGAGUUUGAUCAAAUUUCUGCGGAUCAAACCCUACAACGACCUAGCGGCUUGGAAGGAUCAGAUCACAAGGCCGUUGGCUAACGGACGUGGGGCCCUUGCGAUUGAGCGCCUACAGGUUUAUUUGAAGGCGUUCAUGAAGCGGCGCACUAAGGACGUUUUGAGGCUGAAUUCUAACCUCAAGCCCAGCGGAUCAGGUGCUGACGGGGAGCAGAAGAAGUCGACCGGCUUCCAGAUCACCAAACGAGAAGUCAUCAAGGUAGCUGCGGAGUUCAUGCCCGGUGAGAUGAACUUUUAUAAACGUCUCGAACAGCGAACGGAAAGUAGCCUCGAGAAGAUGAUGGGCGGCUCCAAAGUUGAUUACGCCGGUGCUUUGGUCUUACUACUACGUCUACGACAAUCAUGCAACCAUCCAGAUCUGGUCAAGAGCGAUCUUGCAAAGGACAAAGAUAUUCUUUUGCAGAACGGGACCUCUAAUAGCCAAUCUAUCUCUGGAAAGCAGGAUGAUCUCGAUAGUAUGGCUGAUCUCUUUGGAGCUCUGAGUGUCGUUUCGAAGAAAUGCGAUGUUUGCCAGACAGAGCUGAGCAAGGAAGAAGUAACGAGCAGUUCCAGCAGGUGUGGCGAGUGCGAGGCCGAUCUGAAGGCCACGCUUGGUGGUAUCAAUUCAGGCAAGAAGAAGAGCUCUCACAAGCCGAGAAUAGAGGUGGAUCUCACCGACUCACCAUCAAAUAAAUUCUCCGAAACGCAGAAGGCUCGAGCUCGGAGAAACAGGAAAAUUGUUAUUGACAGCGACGACGAGGACGAGGACGAUGGGGAGUGGAUCGUCCCGGAGGGCCAACGCAGUUUGCCUAAUCUUGGAAAAGCUGGUGGGACUGAUGACGAAGAUGCUGAGGGAGGUGGCGAAUGGCUGAGUUCCGAGGACUCUGAGACCGAUGAGGACGGUGGUCCUGAGUCCCCAACACGGAAGCCUGCCAUUGUUUCCAAUUCGAGAAGAAAUCAGGGUUCGGAGUCGGACACCGAUGAGGAUAUUUAUUUGAAUCCUGGUGACGAUGAGAGUCAAGUCCUGCCUUCCACCAAGAUCCGGCAUUUGAUGAAGAUCCUUAGACGUGAAGCCGGAGACUACAAGUUCAUUGUCUUCUCGGUCUUCACUUCGAUGCUUGACAAGAUCGAACCGUUCUUGAAGCGUGCUGGCAUUGGCUUUGCAAGAUACGACGGGAGCAUGCGAAACGACCUCCGAGAGGCCAGUCUAGAUAGAUUGAGGCACAACAGUGCAACUCGGGUGCUACUCUGCAGUUUGCGCGCCGGUGCCUUGGGACUCAACCUUACGGCUGCAAGUCGAGUCGUGAUCUUAGAACCAUUUUGGAAUCCUUUCGUUGAGGAACAGGCUAUCGAUCGAGUCCAUCGACUUAACCAGACGGUUGAUGUCAAGAUCUACAAGAUGAUUAUCAAAGACACUGUCGAAGAGCGGAUCCUGGAAUUGCAAGACCGCAAGCGCGAGUUGGCCAAUCUCACUAUUGAAGGCAAGAGCGCAGCAGGCAAGCUUACGAUGAACGAUAUGAUGGCUCUCUUUGGUCGCGAUGCCGAAGCACGCUUCUCGGGUGACCGGGGAAACAUCGACGUUAUCAAAUCGGGGGCAUCAUUGACAGAAUCCAGCGCCUCUAGUUCCAAGAAUAAUGGAAACGGAGGAAGCAGUCGGCCGUGGGGCCAGUCCAGUUCGCAAGACCGGAAUCGCCAGGCGGAGAAGCGGGCUCCUAGGGCUGAGGAUUCUGUAUAUGGACGACGCUGGUGAGUGAUGGCGUUACGUGCAUGACACAAUGAGAAAGCGUUGUUGAUUAGCAUCUGGGAGUUUCAAGUUUGGAUAAUUAGGGUCAUUCUAUGGAGAGGCAAGGCUAUGCGGAGAUGGGAUGCUAAAUGGCGUUCUUGAUAAAGGGGCAUUAUUUCGGGUCUUAUAUUGUUCGUUUGACGGGUGCACGUAUUAUUCAGGAAAGGACAGUUGAUCUUUGAUACUGGUUUGAAUGGUUUGAAUGGUAUGAGAAGUCAAGCCGUCGACGAGGUAGUGAUAGACAUGCAAGACGAUUCUCAAGGUUUAUAAGUUAUGACCUGUAUCAACCAGAUUUCCCUGACAGGUCGACACCAGAUACGGCAUGGAUCUAUCACAUCCACCCCCUCACAG